AUGGGAAACACCGGUGCUGAUGCUGGUGCUGGUGCUGGUGCUGAUGCUGGUGCUGCAUGGCCCUACGUCGACUGCUCGGGUCCCAAUCCCAUCUUUGGCCUCACCACGGUCACCGCCCACUUUGAACCAUCGGGCAAAGUCAUUGAUUUGGCGCUUCAAGGCAAUUUCUCCAACCUCUACCAGUACCCAGCAGCAGAAACCAGCCAAUGGCGAACGUCCAUCGUGACGACUAUCAUGGGCAAUCAGCUGCAUAGGAGCGAGGGACCCGCAUGCAACAUGAUUGCUGGGGGUUGUCCAACCGUCCCAGGAGCCGGUUCUAUGUCUACAAACCUUACCAUUGCCCAAACUGCUCCCUUCGCAGAGCUCAUGGUCAGCUUUCAGAUCAUUAGUGGGAGUAACCAGACGAUCGUCUGCGUCGCCGUUUUGAUCGAGCAGAAAAUGGCUGGAGUUAAUACAGCUAUCAGCUAUCUACCUCUCGCAUUAGCUCUCUAUUCAGGAGCGAUCAGUUUCGUAUCCAUCAUUCUCAGGGCCGCGGUCGGCAAUGGAUUUUUGAAUGCAAUGGCGACGUAUGGGCUUGCAGCUACCUCGGAGCUGAUCAGCGUGCAUACGCCAGGACUGUUCGACAUCAUGUUUUAUACGCAGUUCAUGGUGAUGACUGGCCAGCUUUCGGUCAACUAUCCAUCGUUCUAUGUGACCUUCACCUCUUUAUUCCAUUGGUCAUUCCUCGAGUUCCGGAACUCCUUUGCAGGAAACGGUCCCGAGAACUCCACCUAUGUUCUAGCAUAUGGAGGCGCAGGAUCCGCUAACCUAAAGAAGGGGUCCCAAAACGCAGCCAGUGAUAGCAGCCUGGGGAAGCGCCUGCUCCCUAUUUUCUGGGAUGAUGAAUUCGCCACAACCACCGCCUGGCAGCCAACAACGACAAAUCAAAUCAAAGUGACGCCCAUUCCAAUGCACACUAUCACCGGUAGUCGACCCCUAAAACGGGAUCUUUUACCAAUUUUCGGAACCACUACGACAGCUGAACCUCCGACGACCUCACCCCAACCCUCGUCAGCUACGACGACGACCACCGGAACUACAACUACGAGCACCACGGACCCGCCCUCAAGUAGUCCGACGACUACCAGUAGUAGCACAACUACAAAAAUCAGGCCAACGUCCUCCGCGACAAGUACAGACGCACCCACCUCGACGUCUGUGCCCACGACUACAACUACGCUUGCGUUGAUCAUACCUACCAUUACCGACCCAUUCAACAACCGGAACUGGAAUUCCAGGCAACAUAACGUGUCUGACUUUGGCAUGGAGGCAUAUGCAGCAGCCAUCGGCGCCUCGCCUUCACAUAUCUUUCUUUGUACUCUUAUUAAUGUCGUUAUUGCUGGCGGUGCUGCAUUUUUUAUCGCUGCAUUCCUUCUUGUGGUUGCCUGGUUUGUGGCUAAGGAGAGUCGCCAAAAGGGCAAGACGCUUCAGCAUGCCUUCAAUUUCGUUACAGGCAAUUUAAUCCGGAUCUGGUCGCUGUUCUAUACCCCUCUGGCUCUCUCGGCCAUGUACCAGCUGACCAUCUCGGGCGGCACGUUGAUGACCUCGAUUGCCUCCAUCUCUCUCCUCAUCUUUUCCGUCGGCUCUAUCAUCCUGCUGACCCGGAAAAUCCUUCGUGCCUCAACUCAGCUUUUACUUUUCGAGGACCUCGGUAUUCUUCUUAAGUAUGGCCCUUUGUACAACACAUUAGCUGAAGAAGGUACUCUCUUCUUUCUCGUCAACCUUUUGGUUCGAUUCCUAUGGGGUCUGUCAGUUGCAAUGCUGUCUGCGUAUGGCAUUGCGCAGGUCGCUGUGUUGGUGGCGGUAGAGUUCGGCUACAUGCUGGUCAUCGGUCUCAAGUGGCCAUUCUCAGACUCAGGGGACAACAAGUUCCAUCUGCUAUUAGGGUUUGUUCGGAUCGUGGUCAUCGGCUGCUCGAUCGCCUAUGUACAUGAUCUGAACACUUCACCGGAGGUGCGACAGCUCUUUGGAUAUAUACAGAUGGCUCUGCACCUUGGAGUGUUUAUUGUCAUGUUUGCUCUCAUACUUUGGAACACGAUCCAGGUGAUCCUGUUCUGGCAGUCGGCGCACAGGGCUUCAUGGAAGGGACCGACCAAGACUUACAGUUUCGAAGAUGCCGUCGAGGCAGAACAUGACUGGGUGCUCACAGGAAGACCUCUGAGUCGUCGUCCGGACUCAGCAACGAUGAAUCCAAUGAAAUCGAGGCGCUACACGGUUGAGCCAUACUCUUCUAUCACGGAUCUUCGAUCCGCUCCUGAAGACAGACUCAUAAAUCAUCAAUCCACCUAUCGCCACACACUCCAACUUCCAGAAUAUCGCCGAUCCAUGUUCCCAUCCGAUGUGAAUCGCGACAUGGCUCUGGGUAUAAGUCCGGAUGCCAUUGUCCCCUUAUCGAGCUCUCCAGGGCCCAUAUCUGCAAGGUCCAUCUCGCCACCUCCACACUCUCCUGUUGACUCAAUCGAAGGCCCAGUCAUCCCUCUCCAACCCACCCAACUCUCAUCGGCACGGUCCGGCACGCAAGCAGGAUCCUAUGCCAAAUUUCAAAGAAUGACGCAUCAACAGGCACUGCCAGAUUUCCGUAGCAGGAGAAUGUCAGAGAUUUUCAGGGACGGCGGUUACCUUUACGGUCCUAAUGGGACUGCAGGGUCGACAUCAAUGCCGUCUGAAGGGAAACAAAAUACAUGGAAGUCCGUGAAGGACUCCCUGGGAGGUCUUCUUAACUUUGGCAAACGAACAGCGACAAAGUCUGAAGAUGGCUCCAAACCAAAGGCGUUUGAAGUCAUUCGACCUCCACGAUCUCCACCAGUGAUGGACACCCCCGACGACAUGUCUCUUGCGGGCGACGAUAAUCUCAGGGAGCUCAACUCACUCGGGAUCAGUCGCUUCUUCCAGGAAUCAGGCCGCAACAACGACCAGAAGCGCAGUCUAUUUGUCGCGAACCCGGAGGCAAUGGCUUCGCAAGCGACUAGCCUGAGAUCGUCCUUCUCAGGGAUACCGCAUCACCCACCUCAUCUAAGCAGAACGCUCUCUGCGACGACGUCGAUACGCACGAUGAGCUAUAGACCCACACUGGCCCAAAACGUGAGUGCAGACUUGAACUCAGGCUUAACCGGCAUCGGAUCUUCGACCUCAGAGCAUGGCGUCCCCGAGAGCAGAAGGACUUCAGUCCUUAGUGCACAACAGACAUACCCACGCAACUCUGUCGAGAGUAAUAUUGCUGAGGCACUUCGGUCCGAGACACCACUAAAGCUCCAAGGUGGUGCCAUCCUGAAGGUCUCAAAGGGACCUGAGAAGGCUGUGCAGUACUGGCGAAAGGAGUCGGGCCACUAUGUUGGAUCAUCUGCAGAACCUAACCCUGAACGGAAACAGCACGUUCCACUCCCGGUCGCCACACCACCGCUCCUGCUUCGAUCUGCAACACGUAGUCCUUUUUUCGACAGCACCCAGAUCGAUACCGUCAGUAACAGCAACAACACGGCUGCACCUUCGAUCAAAAGUCGUGCGGGCAGUCGACCGGAGAGUCCAACAGAGAGCCAUCAUAGCAGCAAUGUCGCUGCGAGUGCCGGAAGGAUGCACGAGAUUUUGGACCGCAUGUUCUCGGACCAGGACGACGGCAACUCGGACGAGAUCAGCGAAGGUGAAGAAUCCUGCUCUACAUUUUCGGGGAGGGUCUCAGCUACUAUCCUGGCACUGCAUCAAAAGCGCGAGCAAGAAGAAUUUGACGCCCAGUCGCUCUACCGUCCAGAUACCCUGGAACCGGUCCUUGAACACCAUGACCCAGACGCCAACGCACAGCAAGACGAUGAGGUCAGUAGGCCUGGCGCCAGGAGAGCAACAUCAACCUCCGGAAAGAUGCGCCCAGGAACGCUGAUGAGAACUUUCUCUGGACCCACGAAAUCAACUUCAGCAUCGACGUCCUCAAUGAUAUUACGUCCAUCCAAGAGCGGAUCUCUUAGUCGACCUCUUGCCCAGACGCCGUUGCACUCCCCGUCCGUGAUGCCGUUUUCAGCAUCAACGACCUCGCUGCUCCUGCCAGGAGCUCUGAGCCGACAGCCUUCCCGCGCAUCAUUGCGUGAUCUUACCGCCUCGAUGAUCAAGCAUGGAGCCGUGGAUGUUGGUGUCCAGAGCCGAAAUAUCUCACGCGGAACCCCUGAGAUCGUACCCUCGCCCGAAAAUACGAUAGCUCAGAGCCAUGAACCCAUUACUGCGGUCCUCGACCCACUUCAUGACGAGGUACCGGCGAUAUCAGAGCCGCGCCCAAAUAACGAACCAGCACCGUCCUAA